AUGUUUGUCUUGUUAAGUCUUGCACGUUCUGAAGUUGUUCCAAUUACAUCCGAGAACUUCAGUGUAGUUGGCUUAGACCGCCCAUAUAUGAUUAAGUUCUACAGAGAAACCUGCCCACAUUGCCAACAAAUGGCUGCAGAUUUCGUAGAAGCAUCCGAGAUGUACACAGAAGUUGGCUUCGGUGCAAUCAGCUGCGAAACAGAUAACAAGCUUUGUGAUGAUUACAAAAUUUCUGGUGUUCCAACAGUUAUCUUAUUUGGUGCUCACAACAAGACAGGUGCUAUCUUCGAGGGUCAUGAACGUAAUGCCGAUGGCUUUGCUGACUUCAUUGAAGAAACAAUCCAUAUCAAGGCUGUUCGCCCACCGAAAUAUGUCAGAGACCUUACACCAUUAAACUACAACCACACACUUGAUAACGCUCAGUGUGCAUUUGUCACAUUCUUCGCCCCAUACUGCGGCCACUGCAAGAGAUGGCUUCCAAAGAAUAAGAUUGUUGCCAAGGCUUUCGCUGCCGAUAACAACACAGUUACAGUUGGCACAGUUAACUGCGAAAAGUUCCAUAGCCUUUGCGAGAAUGUUCAAGGUUAUCCAACAAUCAGACUCUUCAAGAAGGGCGUAGCUGAGCCAGUUGAAUACUCAGGCGACCGUUCACCAGAAGAUGUUGCCAAAUUCAUCAACACAAACUGCGGAACACAACGCGCUGUUGAUGGUCUUCUUACAGAUGAAGCCGGUAUCCUCAAAGAGGCCGAAGAGAUUGUCAAGGAAUUCCUUCACUCAGAAGAUAAGGCUGCCGCUAUCGCCAAGGCCAAGGAGCUCAAGGCUAACCUUUAUGUUACAUUCAUGGAGCGCAUUGUCAAGAAUGGCGUUGAAAAGAGCAAGGAAGAUCUCGCUAAGAUCCGCGCUAUGCUUGAUGCUCGUACAUCAUCUUAUAAGGUUCUUGAUAACCUUAAGACACGUUAUAACGUUUUCUCAACACUUCUCGGAGAAAGAGAGCCAAAGGAAGUUCCAGCCGCUGAACAACCAGCUGCUGAGCAACCAGCUGCUGAACAACCAGCCGCCGAGAAGCCAGCCGCUGAACAACCAGCAGCCGAGAAGCCAGCUGAGAACAAGGAGCUCUAA